GCAGGGGACGAAGCUGGGCAUAUGGGGAAACUGGGGGUUUCCAGGCGAGUGGACGGUGGGAUGGGAUCCGACGUGCACACCCACGUUUCAGGCUACUGUUUCCACCUCACGUCGCCGCCCCUUUGCUUAUGGACUCUUGCAGAGUUGGAUUGAGCUCGGACUGUGUGACAUAGUGGUUGUUGCAGAAGCCCCAGGGCCACUUUCUGACUAGGACCUUGGGCACCUGACGUCAUCCCUUUGAGUCUCAGUGUCCUCUUCUGUAAAGUGAGGGCGCUCUACCUGAGGGGAUUGCUGUAAGGUUGGAAUGAACCUGCAUGUGUGUGUCAUGUGGGAAGGGAACAGUCAAUGGGGCCUGGGGUUCUCUUGGAGAGCUGGUAACCAGCCUCGUCCCUGAGGCAACAGCCAGAGGGCGCCUGUAGUUUCCCGACGCAUGGCUGUUAGCAGGGCCUCUGGAGGAUCUCCUGUGGGAGGUCCCUACUUCUCACUACAAUCUUUAGGGCCUUUGGAGGAUUUCCUAUGGAAGGUCCCCACUUCUCACCACAACAUUCUGGGUUGAAAUGUCCUUGGUAGGAAGAUGGGGCUGAAGCCAGAUUUUCUUGCUUGCAUUACAAGCUUCUGAACCAAGGACUUCAAUGUCACCUGGACUUGGAUUCACAUCCCAGCUCCUUCCCCUCCUAGCUUUAGGACUGUGUAACCUUGGGCAAAUCCCUUAACCGCUUUAAGCCUUAACUGUUUCAUCUGUAAAAUGGGACUAACAGUACCUACCUUCCACAAGCGUCAAGAAUUAAAUCAGGCCGGGCGCGGUGGCUCACGCCUGUAAUACCAACAAUUUGAGAGGCCGAGGCGGGCGGAUCACAAGGUCAGGAGAUCGAGACCGUCCUGGCUAACACAGUGAAACACCGUCUCUACUAAAAAUACAAAAAUUAGCCGGGCGUGGCGGCAUGCGCCUGUAGUCUCAGCUGCUGGGGAGGCUGAGGCAGGAGAAUGGCGUGAACCCGGGAAGCAGAGCUUGCAGUGAGCCAAGAUCGUGCCACCGCACUCCAGCCUGGGCGACAGAGCGAGACUCCAUCCCAAAAAAAAAAAAAGAAUUAAAUCGGACAUUGUAGGUAGAGCACUUAAUAGCUGGCAUUCAGCGGCAGCAGUUACUGUUAUGUUAGCAUGUGGAGUGUCUGAGUGUGUGCACUUUGGCUCGAACAGCCUUUUGACAGUGGCACAGUUGGUGCUUGUGUAAGAUAGCAGGGCAGAGAAGUCAAAACCCUCGGUUUUCUAGUCAAACUGGUGGGCCACAACAGUGGUGACCUAAGUCUAAUGAGUCUUUCACUGAACAAGGCAGAUUGAAUCUCCAGGUGAGGACCAAGAGUCUGGGGCUCAGCUGCCUCAACAUUUUUGGGCAUAGAAGGCUGUACAAUACAAACAGCCUUUGUUGUAAGAGCAAGGAACCAUUCAGGGAAGGCACCAUGUGGUAAAGAAUAGUGGCCAGAAUUGGAUUCAGAACAAAACAAGAGAAUAGUGUUUGUCUUUAAGUGGAGCCUUGGACUCAAAAUAGGACCUGAGCUCUGUGGAUAAUUUCUUUUUUUUUUUUUUUGGAGUUGCUCUGUUGCCCGGGCUGGAGUGUCGUGGCAUGUUCUUGGCUCACUACAACCUCUGCCUCCUGUGUUCAAGUGAUUCUCGUAUCUCAGCUUCCCUAGUAGCUGGGAUUACAGGCGCCUGCCACCAGUCCUGGCUAAUUUUUUUGCAUUUUUAGGGGAGACAGGGUUUCACCAUGUUGGCCAGGCUGGUCUUGAACUCCUGACCUCAAGUGAUCCACCCACCUCGAACUCCCAAUGUGCUAGGGAUUUCAGGUGUGAGCCACUGCGCCCGGCCCUUGUGGAUACUUUCUAGGUGAUUUGAGGAGGAAAGGCACAGCCAUGUCUCCUAAAGUUAACAAGCACUAAGCUUUCCCAAGUAGUGAAAUGUCAAGCCCCUGCUUCUGUCACUUAUUUGUUCAUUCAGCAGAAAGUCACUGAGAGCCUUCUGUGCACCAGGCACAGUGCUGGGCAGUGAAAGAGACAGACAUGUGCCCUGGAUCCAGGGAGGAGAUGACCAAGUGAUGGCUGUCAGGCCCAGACCUUGCUGUUUGUCUGCAGCCUCUUCCCUCAGGCAACUAGUUCUCUAUCAGGAGAAAUGAAAUAAUUAUUAUCUGGAGAGGCAGGUGGGGGCGCUGCUCCUAGAAGACAAGGACAGCCUGGUAGAGGUUCUAGCUUGAUCAUGUGAGCAGUGGAAACCAUUUUAAGUUGGAGGUUAACAGGACCAAAAUAGCAUUUAAAAAAUUGCUUAUGGCCACUGUGAAGCUAGUUUCACCAGCGUCACUUGCCCAUGCUAGGCUGCCACCCAGCUAAUUCCUGGUCCUGCUCAUUUAGCCCAGCUCAGCUCACAUCACUUCCUCAAGAAACUAGACAAGGGUAGAGCCCCUGACCAUCUUCACAGCAUUAGUCCUGAUAGCUGAAUCUUACGUCAGUUGUUAACAUCUGUGACCUGUGCAGGGAGAAUGGCAGGGCUGAGUUUCACCUACAUUGUUUCCCCGAUACCUACAGCAGAGCCAAACACAGUGGGAACUUUCAGAAAGCACUGGUUGAAGGAACGCUGGAAUCCCUGGGACUUACUGCGUAGCAUGUAGUAGUUGCUCCUCUAGAAAAGUUUCACCUUAUGAAGUAUAGCAGGGAAAAUACAAGCCUGGACCACUUCCCAUGUGGUAUGCAGGGAACUGUUGAUGGGGCAAAGGGCCUUGGGCUAUAUAGCCCUAGGAAUUUCAGGGAUCCUGAUGAUGGCUCUGGGAUCCUCCAUCUCCUGGAUCCUGCAUUUUUCUCUUCAGGCUCUGAUGCUGGUGUCUGGUAGAGGAAGGUUACUCACAGCUCUGCUGCAGGCUCAGAAGUGGCCCUUUCAACCCUCCAGAGACAUGAAACUAGUGCAGUUCCGGGCACCCCACCUGGUGGGGCCUCACUUGGGCCUGGAGACAGGGAAUGGUGGAGGCGUUAUCAACCUCAAUGCCUUUGACCCCACACUCCCGAAGAUGAUGAGGCAGUUCCUAGAGCAGGGAGAGGCCACCCUCUCAGUGGCAAGAAGGUGACCUCAAUUUGGCCAAUGAGGGACCUUCAAGUUUGUUCCAUCCCCAAGCUUUUAGCAUAUAUUUGCUUUCCGGCCAAGACGUUCCAGGCUCAUCAGGUACUGUCUGUCUUGGACCAAGGAACCCGGUGCUCCUUACUGGGGAGUGGUAUUAGAGACCAACAUCUGGAUGUCAGGUGUACUUAUACCAACUCUGGUUAUUAUUAGAAAGAGCCACCAAUUUUAAAGGCCAAAUUAUAUCUAUUUUAUAGUGUAUUUUAUGGAUUAUGGGAGAGGCUGAGCAUUUUUUCAUGUUUUGUGGCCAUGUCCGUUACCUUUUUGUGAAUUGCUUACUCAAGUCCUUUGUGGGAUGUCAAUCUUUCUCUUACUAAAGUGAGUUAAUAGAUUAAAACACUUAAAAUAGUGCCUGACACACAGUAAGGUUACAUAUUGCUAGGGGAUAUUACUUCAUAUUUAUCCUUUGUUAAAAGUAUCCAGAGUGACUUUUAAACUCAGUGCCCUGGACACGCGUUGCUCUUCUGCAGUCAAUGGUGUGGGGACCUGUGCCUGCAUCCCAUGAUGCUGUCUGCCACUGCCCAAAAUGUAUGGGUCUACAAGUCACACCUCCCUUGUCAUUCACUGGGCUCUGGUUCAGGGUGAUGGCAAACAUGGGAUGGCAGCCAAGCCAUACUGACAGAGAUCCAUAGCGUACAGCCUCUGAGCAUAGAUAAUGGGCCCCAAAGCCACUGCGGCUCACUAUUCCUCUCCCACCCUACAGGAGGUAGAUUGGGAAGUGGAGCUGGCCAUGGUCAUUGGAAAGAAAGGCAAGCACAUCAAGGUGAGGUGGAAAGGGUGGGCUCCCAGGCCAGAGUGUAGCAGAGGCCCCAGCUCCUGCCUCUCCUAGUUCUGACCUCACUCACCAACACACGGUGCCAGCUGUCCCUGACACUAGGAAGCAGUCAGCCUCCUUGCUCCCUGACACUGCCUUUCCCUUCGCCCACCUUUGGCUGGCUCUGCCUACUAACAUGGGAUAACAGCUUUGAAAUCCUUUGCCAUAGGUGUUGGUGUCACCCAUGAUCUAUCCUCCUGUAUGGCCAAAUCCCCUGCCCCCAUAGGCCACAGAUGCCAUGGCCCACGUGGCCGGCUUCACUGUGGCUCAUGACAUGAGUGCUCGUGACUGGCUAACAAGACGCAAUGGGAAACAGUGGCUGCUGGGAAAAACCUUCGACACCUUCUGCCCUCUGGGCCCUGCCUUGGUGACCAAGGACAGUGUAGCAGAUCCACACAACUUAAAGAUCUGCUGCCGAGUGAAUGGGGAAGUGGUCCAGAGCAGCAACACCAACCAGAUGGUAUUCAAGACAGAGGACCUGAUAGCCUGGGUGUCCCAGUUUGUUACCUUUUCCCCAGGGGAUGUCAUCCUGACUGGGACCCCCCCAGGUGUCGGUGUAUUCAGGAAACCUCCUGUCUUUCUCAAGGUCUCUGAAGGUCCAGACAGCACUGAUGGCGAGCUUUGGGUCUGCACACUCUGGAAAGAAGAGAGAAGUGAAGGCUCUAGGGGGCAGCAGCCACCAGCAAACACCACUGCCUGCAGGAGCCUGGGCUGACUGGUUGGGACUCACCGAAGAUCCCUUCUUCCUGGGCGGUGGCCUGCAGGAACUGGAACAGCUGCUCUGUGUAGCCCAACUCUGCAGAAGAGAGAAGACCUAGACCUAGCACCCAGCACAGACACAGCCUACCUCGAGGACUGCAAGGGAACAAGGGCCUCACCAGUAUCGGGCAGCUGGCCCUGGCGGAGGAAGGCGGCAGCCUGUGCAAAGGCCUUGAGCAGCGGGCUGAGCAGGCGGCAGAGGAAAAGAAAGAAAUCUGGGCAGUGUGACUGCUGGCUGAGCUGGAGAGGACAGGCCGGGGUGAGUGCAGCUCCCCACCGCCUCCCUACCACCUCCCUCCAGGGGCAGUUUUUUGAAACACACCCUGAAGUACCGGCCCUCAGCCUCUUCGAAGUCAUCACUGUCACUAUCAGUAAAGUCCCCACUCGGUUUCCA